GCGGCGCGCGGGAACGCGCGUGCGCGCACGAGGGCCGGGCCGCGCGCAGCCGCCCCGGUCGCCUCCCUCAGCCGCGGUCGCGGUCGCUCCGGAGGCGGCGUUCCCCGCCGCAGCCGCUGGCGCCUCGGGAGGGAGCGGCCGGUGGGCCCGCAGCCUGUCGGUGGGGUCGGAGGCCGGGCUGCCGCGGUCGCGUCCGUGUGGCGCUUGGGCCGCCCUGAGGAGCCGGGGCCGGGCGCGCUGGACGAGAAGGCGGCGGCCGAGGCGCACGGCCGGGAGUCCCCUGGGGCCGGGCGGAGCCGGGGGGACCAUGUCCGAGAGGCGCUCCCAACUCUCCACUACCGAACGCGUCGUCAAAGCUGUCCCCUUUCCUCCAACCCAACGGCUUACUUUGAAGGAAGUAUUUGAGAAUGGGAAACCUAAAGUUGAUGUCUUGAAAAAUCAUUUGAUAAAGGAGGGCCGACUAGAAGAGGAAGUGGCCUUAAAGAUAAUCAAGGAUGGGGCUGCCAUCCUGAGACAAGAGAAGACCAUGAUAGAAGUAGAGGCUCCAAUCACAGUGUGUGGUGACGUUCAUGGACAAUUCUUUGACCUGAUGAAGUUAUUUGAAGUUGGAGGAUCACCGAGUAACACGCGCUACCUCUUUCUGGGUGACUAUGUGGACAGAGGCUAUUUCAGUAUAGAGUGCGUGCUGUAUUUAUGGAGUUUAAAGAUUAAUCAUCCCAAAACAUUGUUUCUGCUUCGAGGAAAUCAUGAAUGCAGGCAUCUUACAGACUAUUUCACCUUCAAACAAGAAUGUCGAAUAAAAUAUUCUGAACAGGUGUAUGAUGCGUGUAUGGAUACAUUUGACUGUCUUCCUCUUGCUGCCCUCUUAAACCAGCAGUUUCUCUGUGUACAUGGAGGAAUGUCACCUGAAAUUACUUGUUUAGAUGACAUUAGGAGAUUAGACAGGUUUGUUGAACCUCCUGCCUUCGGGCCAGUGUGUGACCUGCUUUGGUCUGAUCCCUCAGAGGAUUAUGGCAAUGAAAAGACCUUGGAGCACUACACCCACAACACUGUCCGAGGGUGCUCUUACUUUUACAGUUACCCUGCAGUUUGUGAAUUUUUGCAGAACAAUAAUUUAUUAUCAAUUAUCAGAGCCCAUGAAGCCCAAGAUGCUGGGUAUCGAAUGUACAGGAAGAGCCAAACAACAGGCUUUCCAUCACUUAUUACAAUUUUCUCUGCCCCCAAUUACCUAGAUGUCUAUAACAAUAAAGCUGCUGUGUUGAAAUAUGAAAACAAUGUCAUGAACAUCAGGCAGUUUAACUGUUCUCCACACCCCUACUGGCUUCCAAACUUUAUGGAUGUUUUCACAUGGUCUUUACCUUUCGUUGGGGAAAAAGUCACAGAGAUGCUGGUUAACAUUCUCAACAUAUGCUCUGAUGAUGAACUGAUUGAUGAUGAUGAAGAAGAUCACUACAUUUCAAGCUAUCAGAAAGGAGGCACUACAGUUCGCAAGGAGGUCAUCAAGAAUAAGAUCAGAGCCAUUGGGAAGAUGGCACGGGUCUUUUCAAUUCUUCGGGAAGAGAGUGAGAGUGUGCUGACUCUCAAGGGCCUGACGCCUACAGGUACACUCCCUCUGGGCGUCCUCUCAGGAGGGAAGCAGACUAUUGAGACUGCCACAGUAGAAGCGGUAGAGGCCCGGGAAGCCAUCAGAGGAUUUACACUUCCACACAAGAUCCGGAGUUUUGAAGAAGCCCGAGGUCUGGACCGAAUUAAUGAGCGAAUGCCACCCCGAAAAGAUACUGUACGCUCUGAUGGGCCAGUGAAAUCUGUAAGCCCGGUACAGCCAAGGGCUCUGCACAGGAGCGACCAUGGGAAGAAAGCCCAGUAAUGAUUCAGGGUCCUGCUGUGGCACAGGUGGAUCCAAAACUUAAGAACAAAUUUUAUUUAUUUAUUUUUAGAAAAUGAAACAAAAACAACUCAAACAACUUAAACCUGGAGGUGCAUUUAUAAUUCAGUCUGCAUUUAUUCUGCAAGAAAGGUGACCAUUUUAUAAAUUCUUUUAAUUUGUGUUCAAUAUAUAUAAAAAGUACAUCUGUUUUGUUUUUCCCUUUUUUCUCCCUAAUUUUUAAGAACUAAUCUGAUUGUUGUCAAUACAUAUGUGAAGUCUUGUGCUACAAAGGGGACCCUCCCCUAAUAAAAGGGCCUUGGAAACCUCAACCCUGGGUUUCUGACUUGAACUAGUCAGCCUUCAUUCUUGCUUUUGGAAGGUAAUAUCUUUCAUUUAAGACUAACAACUUUUCAAAUGCAAGAAGAUUUUUUUCCUUUUUAUUUUUUCCUUUCUGCUGGGUGCCAUUGAAGAAAGGCCUCUUAUAUUUCAGUGGCUACCACUGUUUCUCUUCUGAUGGAAAACUUGAUUACAGUAGAACUUCGAAGUGAAUAACCCAAACCCAAUGAUUUUAAGGGCCAAGGGGAAUGUUUUCCAUAAUAACCUACUUUCUCUGGACUCUCAAUUCCUUUAAGUAUGUUCUAGUAAAGCAAAAUAAAAAAUAACGAGGGAUUUUCUUAGAGUUACUUAUAAUUUGUUCAUCUAUAGGCAUGAUUGGUUUAAACUUCCCUUAGAACUUUGGAGGAGAAAGAUUUUCAGAAAGCUUUAACUAUUGCCAGGUUCUUUUGCUUUCAUUUUGAACCCCAGGUGUCUUACCCCAUCUGCAAAGGAAGUUACAUUUCUAAAUAUUUUAUAAAUGCCCUCAGCAGAACCUCAACAGCAAGAGUAUUUAUGCUCUUCUAGGCUCUGGCAUCUCUUCUCCAUCAUCCUUCUGUUUUUCCCUGUCAGUAUUUCUGCAACCAACUGGAAUAAUGGAAACCAACAAGGGUGGUGUGAUCCCCUUGUGAAUUGAAAGUCUUGCUAAAGGGCAUUGGAUGAGUGAGGAUUUCCUGUCUUCUGUAUCAAUUACUAGGAUGUUUCUCUGUCUUUCAACACUCAUUGGGUUGAACUGUAUGUCAGCCUCUAGUAGCAUAUUUUCAAAUACAAACAGCAAGUGUUCAGAUACAGUGUUUGAAUAAUCUUCCUUUAGUUUGAUUUUCAAGUCACAACCAAUUAGCAAAGGAAAUUUUGGGAUACUUAGGCUCCCCUUUUUGGUUUAGCCUGAUCACAGGUACCAUGCUAUAAUACUUACUGGUCAGCUCUGCAGUGGACAUGUGUGCCUGGGCACUCGACAUCAAAGCAUGGAAGAUACUCUUUUAUGGCUUUCCUUAAUGUCAUUUGUGAUGUGGGAGUCCAGCAUUAAAGCAAGUAUUUCAGACAGUAGUAUAGUACUUCAUGUUGGGAGCUUCAAGGAAACCAGAAAAACAAACAACUCACUUUGUUUUUUUCAAGAAAUCAUAAUUUUCAUUAGAAGAAUGAAGACUUAGCCCAUGAAUCUCUAUUUCCCUAUACCUAUACUUUUGCUAACAGUUCCCAAUUUGUUUAGGACAGAGAUGAAAGCAUUUGGGGGGGUUGCAGUCUCCCUGCAUGGAUUGCUCUGUUAAUAAAAAAGAUAAAAAGGAUAUUGUGGAAGGAGAUAAAGGAUCUCUUAUUGGGUGUGAGUAAAAGCUCUGAAAGAAGGGAGAACAAGUCUUAAGUAGCUGUCUUUCCUGACUGUCAUUUCUUUACACUCAAAGAGAGAAUUAAUCAUCUGGGCAUCCUUAUACUCCUCCCUCCCCAAAUCCUAGAAUGAGAAAAGAUCUUGCCUUUGGAAAUUUCCCAUGACAGAUUGUAGAGUUGGGAGUCCCUUGUCCCUUUCUCCUUUUCAUUAAGGCUAUUGUUCUACAUACACAGUCCACAAGUGGAAACCACUCUGCGGGGCCUCCAUCAGCAGGCAACAGUAGAAUAGUUACUGUAAAUCCUUAUAAGCAAAAUAUAAUAUUUUACCAGUUAAAAAGAAUGGAUUAUUUAGGAAUGUCUUUCUUAUCUUCUCAAAAAGAAGUAGUAUGAUAAAGCAAGUUUCCUUGGCACAAGCAGCGCAAAGGAGUGCGAAGUGGUUCACAGGUACCCUCUGAGCUGCGGAUCAGCCCAAGUAGACGAGAAGUCCGAUUCAAGGAAAUGUGAGUGAGUUUAAGGUAGACCAACACCAGCUCUUGGAGGAGUCUAGGUUUGAAAAUUCUGUUGAAUUCUAAAGAUAAAGAUAUUUCUUCUGUUCUUUAGAAAGCUGGGGUAUGUAUUUUAACAUUUUAGAAAGUUGUAUGGUGUGUCUACACAAUACAGGUAACUUCUUAAAGUGAGGCUCUCAAUCCGUGUUCCUACAUAUGCCUUUGCACCUAUGACUCAAACCCAUUUAGAAGGCACGCACCUUAGGAAGAUGUUGUAAUAACAGCACUUUUUCUUCAGUUUAGCUUCAUUGGAGGGUUUUAACACAGUUUUGAAUGCUUUUAUGUAAACAACAGCUUCCAAGAGGGCUGGAUGCCUGCCCUGGGUUUGCCCUAGAACUACUAUUCCUGCCUAGGGCUGUCAUUAGACAUUUUACCUGCUGUCACAGCUCUGCAGUGUUGGCGUCUUCAAAGACUCUUCUGUUUUAUUAAACCUUUCCCCUGCAUGUUCUAAAGAUACUAAAAAUACUUUUUCUUUUGUUCUUCCUCAUAGGACCUUCCCUGUGGAAAGGUCCUUCUUUUUCUUCAAUUUCUUCCAUUUAGGAAAACAAACAAACAAAGAACAACACAAAAUGCUUCUUACAUCAGCUCACCAGGCAUGUCAGAGGACUCCUUGGUGAAAUUUUCUGAAAUACCAUUUUGAAAACAACACUUCACACAGACCAGGUUACCCAAUUGUGGUUACAUAAACAUCACGUGAAAUUUUAAAUUGAUCAGAUGACUAUUUUUUAAAAUAAAAAUUUAAAAAUUCAUCUAAUAUAGGUUCAAAACAUAAUAUCCUUUUUAAAUCUCUGUGUUCUGAAUAUUUAGAACAAAAGCAAAACAAUAAGGAGGGGAGGUGCAUGAAAGAGAGUGACUGUUUAAUAGAAUGUUAAAACAAGAACACCCUCCAUGUUCCUUAAAACCUCAAGGUGACACUUUGGCUAUGGGUACAAACAUUGCUGAUCUGCUGGUUUUUUGUGACUAGAUGUGGACUGGCAAUGUGGAAAUUGCUUAUUACACUCGGUGGGCUUGAUAGGGCUCCGUGCCUAGGAAUAAAAAAAGGCAGACUGUCCAGGAAUAGCAGUAUUUUUCAUGUCUUUGUAUCUAUAUCUGCAUGGCCUUUUUGGUUCUCUAUGAAGGAUUCAAUGAAGCAAGUUUCUCUCAGUAGCAAAGAUUUGCUUUCUUACAGUGAGCUUUCUUUGCUAUUCCCAUAACUUAGGGAUGAUUUUCUGACUGACACUGUUCAAAAUAGGAAGAGAAAAACCCUUAUUUGUUUUCUCAAUGGAAUAUUAUUAUUGAAUGUCAUUAAGUAGCAAAGGUAGGAUUUUAAAAAAUGGUUCACUUGGGGGCCUUUGGAGCCUUUUUGCAUUAUCCCUUAGCUCCUCUUCUGAGUGGUUUUAAAACACAUAGUUUGAGGCAGCUGGUCUGCAUGAGAGAAAUAUUAUAAGCCAUGCCCAGUGAGACACAGCUGGGCUUGCUGUUCACGGUCAUUGCUCAAGUCUCUCCAGCCUCAGAAUGAGUAAAGCUAAAAUCUAUUCCCUCUACCCUCCCUUAUUUUAUGUAAAUAUCAUAGCUUAUCUCCAGAAUAUUUUCACUGUACCAUAUCCAUAUCUAUACAUAUAAAAUUCAAGCUCUUGAGAAUUUUCAUCCUGACCAAUCUGGGUGACCAAUCAGUUAAACUGGUUUAAGAAAGAACUUGCCCCAGAUUGAUUCAUAGAUUUUUUUUUAUUAUUAUCAGGCUUUUCUGUCCAAUGUUUGUAUUGAAAAUUAUUUCCUAACCCAUAAAUACUUGUGGAGAUACCAUUCUAGAAUUCCCAAUAUUUAUUCUAGUUGUUAUAGUAACAGUAGAACCCAAGUUUCUUUUAAAGCUUGACUCAGCUUUCCCUACCCAGGCAGAAAAGAUAGCAGAGGGAGGGUGAACCCAGAACCCCAGUCUUUGUGGGUAUGAGGUUCCAGCUUCCUUAAUUGUUUGUGGUUAUAACCAGGGGUUGCACCUUGUCUGGCACCUGGUCCACGUCUUUUCUGAAAUCUGCUAGAAAGAGAUUAAAGGCAGCCUAGGAAGGCCCAGCAAUAGAUUGAGGAGGGUUCGGGUUACCUGGAGGAUGGGUCUGAAGCAUCGUGGUGCCACAGUCUCUUUUUGGUAUUGCAGUGAUCAGAUGCUCAGAGGAAAGCUGUAAGAAAAAGCAGAUGUGUGUAGAGGAAGAAAGUUGUGUAGUCGAAGGACAGGGUGUUGCCCUUAUUUUGAGUGUGAGCAGAGGACUGUAUUAACAAUAGGGCUUUGUGCCAUUGACAGAGUGUGCAAGAGGGAGCCUAUAUCACACUGGGACUUGGGACCUGCCCUGCCUAUAUCUAGCCAGCCAGAGUGAAUGGGGUCCGCGUUGGCUGCCUUCAUCUGUGCAGUCACAAAGGUAAAGAUGAUACUGGAGAGCAUAUCCCCUCCCAGGAGGCCUUGGCCUCAUGCCCCAGCAACCUUGGCGAGGCUCGCUAAAUAACACCUUUGUUUGAGACAGGGUUAUGCAUCAUCUCCUCUUCUAUGCCCUCAUGACAAGUCUAGGUGGCUUAAGAUCAAGAAGCAAGGACAUGGACGUGGACCACCCCUCUGCGCAGCUCUAAAGUAGGGCCAUGCACACUGCCUGCCUGUAAGUUCCUGCCCAGAUUUCCCUUCACUCCCUUGGCAUAGUUGUCUCCAGAUACUUUUUUUUUUUUUUUGCAUGUUAAAGUGAAAUGUAUGUAAUAAGGAGGAGGCCUACCAUAGAUUUUUAUUUGGGGCAAUAAAGAUGCGUUUUUGUCACAGAACCUUUUCAAAGAUGCCACUGGGAACACCUCACUUUUCCUUUCUCCAUGCAUUGUGACCAGCAGCUGUUUUUCCUAAUAGAAAUGUCAACAGACAUUUUCCGAGAAGGGAUCCUGGUUUUGAUUCCUAAAUGAUGAAAUGGUCAGAUGUCUGAGACUAGCUGGUGGUGGAAUUGUUUUCAAGGUUCUUCUGAAUGCUGGAUUAUUUGCUUGUGCUUAGAGAUUAUCUGCUUUUUCUUGCUUUCGGUUAUGUUAAAGAAAAUGGUGGAAAUGUUACGUAUUGACAGAAAUCAUUUAAUAAGUCUUUUUUGUGAAAAAGAAAUUAAUUUGUUAGAACUUUCUUACUGUAAUAGGAAGUCAUCUUUAAGAUAAAAAAAAGAAGAAACCCUUAAAAUUAAAUGAUAACUUUAUUGGC